GUCAGCGGUGGGCAAGCGAAUCGCCCACAGGGCCGCACUGUGGAAAUAGUAAAUUCGCAAACGCAUGGGAUGCAUUCACCUGGCGGGGCAGGCAUUGCAAGGCAGGCAGCCACCCGGGGGAGCCGGAGCGCCGGGAUGCGUGACCCGGGUGACCGAUCCAAUGAGUCGAUCGCCCAGGAUUAUUUUGACUGUGUCCUGUCUGAGUAAGCAGCUUGUCCCACUCAUCCUCUCGCAGUCUCAUAAAACCCCACACUUUCGACGAUACCCCCAUCACCAACACAUCGCAAAACAUGGCCCCCGCAGCAAUCUACGAGUCCCCCGUCGUUCCUCAGGGCCAGCCCGUCGUCGCAGCCGUGCCCGUAAAGGGACCCGCGCUCGCCAUCGGUUCCCCAGCCACGGCCGAAGACGGGAGAUACCAGUCACUCAUCACGAGCUUGCAGGAGACACGCCAGGUAGACAAAUACAUGGUAGACAGACUCAUAGAUGGCGCCACGACUCUGACGCCUUCGAGCUUCGCCUCCGUCCACGUCUCGCUCUCACCACCCGAGUACGAAGCCCUCGCACCGCGUCUGUCCACGCUCCUCUCGCAGCUGCUCACGGGCCUCGAGCCCCUGGGAACGCUGCACAUCCUCCACCUCGGCGAUGCACUCCCCUCGCUUCCCACCGGCCACGGCGCUUCCGCUCCGCCGGAAGACCGAUGCGGAGCGCAAGGCUCGAAGAAAGCGUUGUGGACGCUUAAUGCGCCAUCGACCCCGACCAUCGACGCUGAGAGCCUGCUGACUGCUGAGGACCGCGAGCGGCCGGAGGUGUGCCCACCGGUGACGGCGGGCGCACCGCGCAGGAAGAGGGCGUGCAAGAACUGCACGUGCGGAUUGGCGGAGCUCGAGGCGGAGGAGGUCAAGAACAGUAAGGUCGUGCUGCUGGACGGCGCGGAGAGCGGGCAGACGAUGGAGGUGCCGCAGAGUGAGAAGGACAGGUGCUGUGGUAACUGCUACCUCGGUGAUGCCUUCCGGUGUUCGGGCUGCCCUUACAGAGGUUUGCCUGCGUUCAAGCCCGGCGAAAAGGUCGAGAUUGACCUCGGAAUGGAUGAUAUUUAGACUGUUGGGAAGCACAGACUCUGUAUUAUAUUUCAUUGGUCCUAUGACAUCCUACUGUAUAUCUCUCUGUAGACAUCAUAACUUGGAAUUGAAGAUUACACCUUCAUUCGCUUCUUCGACUGAGU